CACUCGAAGGCUAACUCAAUCGCUGUGUGUUCUUCCAUCCUCACAUUUACCUCCCUCGUGUUGUCCUUCGCCGUCUUCCUAUCUGUUCGGACGACGCCAUUCCUUCUUUUUGUUUCUCUUCUAAGACAGGCACCGUGCUUGGCUUUCGUCAUAACUCGCUCGUUACCUAUUUCUGCCGCUCUUCAUCGAAGCUCUUCCCUCGAGUAAUGCAAUAAGGCUUCGUUUCGAGUUGCCGUCUUCUCCCUUGUUUCCCUGGACCCCGCGUCGGCGACGAGCAACCAAUGCGAAGAACGUCUAGUACACUGCCGACCAUCAGAAACGUCAGAGAUCCAUACGAAAAGCCAGGCCGAUUCACGCCAGCCCGAAAGCCCAGCUUUCUAGCCGGACUAGCUGCUGUCAUCAUGUCGCAAACACAGAAGGCAAGAUGGCUCAAGACCGGGGCUAUUGUAUGCCUCAUCGUUCUUGGCAUUCUAUGGUUCUCCCCGAGGGGGGUUGAUAUCUAUAAUGGAGUCUCGUCUGGAUCUACUGGGGCCAGCUCCGAUGGCCAGGUCCCCGCUGAUUCCUCCUACGGCACCGACCGAUGCACAAAAUCCAGCUCCAGCUCGAAGCCGAUUGUCCAGUACGUGUUGAUGAUCGACGCCGGGAGCACAGGCUCUCGCAUUCAUGUCUAUAAAUUCAACAACUGCGGUUCCACACCCGAGCUUGAGCAUGAGGAAUUCAAGAUGACCGAAAAGUCCGUCGGUGGUCUUAGCAAGUAUAAGGACGAUCCCGAAGCGGCCGCGAGGACCCUUGAUCCUCUCAUGGAGGUCGCGAUGCAGACCGUGCCUGACAAGCUCAAGGGCUGCACUCCGGUCGCAGUAAAAGCGACUGCUGGCCUGCGCCUCACCGGUCCUGCCGCCAGCGAGAAGAUCCUGGAAACCGUUCGUCAUCAUCUCGAGACGAAGUAUCCGUUCCCCGUCGUCUCCAAAGAGGAGAACGGCGUUGCCAUCAUGGACGGUUCAGACGAGGGCGUGUAUGCGUGGAUCACCACAAAUUAUCUCCUCGGCAAAAUUGGCGGUCCUGACAAGAACCCCACUGCUGCUGUCUUCGACCUCGGUGGCGGUUCUACGCAAAUCGUGUUCGAGCCUACGUUCAAGGGAUUGGCCGAUGAGAAAUUGGCCGAGGGUGAUCACAAAUACGAGUUGUCCUUCGGAGAUCAGAAAUUCGAGCUUUACCAGCACUCACAUCUUGGCUAUGGUCUGAUGGCGGCCCGGGAUGCCCUUCACGCCGCUUUUCUGGACGAGCUUGUUGAGUCCAAGGGCUCUGACCGGGAGUGGGUUAAGAAACCGCUUGUACACCCCUGUAUUGCCCCUGGAUUCACGAAGGAGACUGAGGUCAAGCUGCCGGAAAGCCAUCCCCUCGGAGGAUCGGUCACCCUCAACUUGACUGGCCCGAGCCACGCGGCUCCCGCCCAGUGCCGUGCACUUGCCGAGAAGAUCCUGCACAAGGAUGCCGAUUGCAAUCUGGCCCCUUGUUCGUUCAAUGGUGUCCAUCAGCCCUCGCUGGCCAAGACCUUCAUCCAAGAAGACGUCUACAUCUUCUCCUUUUUCUACGACCGCACGAAGCCCCUUGGCAUGCCUGACUCGUUCACUCUUCGCGAGAUGCACGACCUUACGAAUACUGUCUGCGGCGGUGAGGAAUCGUGGGAUCUAUUUUCUAGCAUUCCUGGAGCGCUUGAAGAGCUUCAGGAUCGGCCGGAUCAUUGCCUUGACCUCAACUUUAUGAUGGCUCUUCUCCAUACUGGUUAUGAAAUGCCCAUUGAUCGGGAGGUUAAGAUUGCCAAGAAGAUCAAGGGCAACGAACUUGGUUGGUGUCUAGGCGCCAGUCUCCCUCUUCUGGCUCCCGGUUCGGGCUGGGAGUGCAAGAUCAGCGAAAUUUUUUGAAGAUGCUUUUAUUAUUCCCAUGAAUGCGUGAUUUUGGCGGUGUAUACCAAUAGGCGUUGCGUUCACAAUACUAUAUACCAUAGCCGCGUUCAUCAGAGACGAACACUGAUGACAGGAAGCGGACGCGGCUACAAUUCACAUGAGAUGACUUGGACAAGGAUACUGAAACAGAUGUCGGAAAGGAUGAAUCGGUCAUGGAGGAAUUGGGAAUAUCCCGGUGACCUCAAGGGUUGGUGCAUGAUCCUAUCUGAGCUGGGUCCUUCCCGGUUGCCCAUGCUAGAUAUACUAAGUCGAACACGGUGUUUGACCGUAUAUAAUUCACAAAGGCGUUGGUACCAUUUCAAGCACAUCAUCCAUCACCUCCUCAGGCCCUACACCGUCCAAGAGCGCCUUGACGGCUUCGACCUGGCUGCCCCAUUGUAUGCUCCUCUCUUCCUC